AUGAUUGAUAUCCUUGAUCUGAUCGUCGAACGCGGCGGCAAUCCCGAGCUGGCCUGUCAGUCUCUCCGGAAACGCUACGCCGACGAAAGUCUCGUCCACGAAGUCAUCGGACUCUGGCAAGAUGCAUACAGCGCUCGCUACCGGGCUCAGCAGGCACGGGCACAGAUGAACCAGACCCAGAGGGAGAUUGGGCACAUGCAUAGAUCCGGACAGGAUCCCACGACGUUACUGGCCAAGAAGGAUAAGCUGGACGAGGAGAUCAAGGCACUGGAGCACGAAGCCACGCGCCGAGAGGACCUACGGGACAGAAGGUGUAAAUUGAUCCCAAAUUAUGUGCAUGAGAGCGUACCGAUCAGCGAAAACGAGGACAUGAAUGAAGUGGUGGCAAGCUGGACUCCCGCGGGCGUUGAGUUGAAGAAGAAGGACUGUCUGGCUCAUCAUGAGGUGAUGACCAGGGCGGGAGACAGUGCUGACUCCCGUAAAAUCACAGGCGCCAAACUUGUCGGCCAUAGAGGCUAUUUUCUUCGGAAAUGGGGAGUCUUCUUUAACCAAGCCUUGAUCAAUUAUGGUCUUCAUUUCCUUUACGCCAAAGGCUACGAUCCCAUCCAGCCGCCUUUCUUCAUGAAAUCGGAGUACAUGGCCAAGACGGCCCAGCUGGAUGACUUCGAAGAGUCGUUGUACAGGGUGGUAGAGAACAACCGCCCAGAUUCGAAUUCCGACGCCAAGUAUCUGAUUGCCACCAGCGAGCAGCCGCUGUCGGCCAUGUAUGCCGAUGAGUGGCUGGCGGAAUCGGAUCUACCUCAGAAGCUGGCCGGGUAUAGCUCCUGCUUCAGAAAGGAGGCAGGCUCCCACGGGCGAGAUGCUUGGGGGUUGUUCCGCGUGCACCAAUUUGAAAAGAUCGAGCAGUUUCUGUUUGUAAAGCCCGAGGACUCCUGGCAGAGUCUGGAAGACAUGAAGUCGGUGGCCGAGGAGUUUUACCAGUCUCUGGGACUGGCCUACCGGGUGGUGGCCAUCGUCUCUGGCGCCCUGAACAACGCUGCGGCAAAGAAGUACGAUCUGGAAGCCUGGUUUCCGCACCAGGGCGAAUACAAAGAACUCGUCUCCUGUACCAACUGCACCGACUACCAGACCCGCGAGUUGAACAUUCGAUACAGACCCAAGGAAACCAAGGCGGACACGGGGGUGCGCAAGGCGUAUUGCCACGCCUUGAACGGCACGCUCUGUGCCACUGAGAGAACGCUGUGUUGUCUUCUGGAAAACUACCAGACCGACCAAGGCGUCGUGGUUCCUGACGCUUUGAAGCCUUAUAUGCCCCCAGGCACACCGGACCUGAUUCCCUACACCACAGAUCUACCCAGACAUAUGGGGGCGAAGAAGGAGAAGGAGCCUCGGUGA